AUGGAUGCGCCGGGCUUGAACAUGAGACAGAAAGAAGCUGGUGUGGGGGCUUCAAGAGCUCAUUCACUAUCCGAACGGACGCAAUCCUCCUCGAGCACCGUCUUGGGCACACACCAGCGGGAUUCGCAAGAUGCAGACAGCGAUGGUGCAGGCAGUGAACACCCCGACGGGGACGAUGAUGAUGAGGAAGAAGCUGAUGAUGAGAUCAAUGACGAAGAUUCCGAUGAGGAUGAUGACGAAGACGAAGACGAGCCUCGACUCAAAUAUACACAUAUUACCAAGCUUCUGGGGUCAGUUUAUCGCAAUGGGGAUGCGACGAGCACCUUCCUCGUCGCUGGGGACAAGAUGAUCAUGGGAACUCACAACGGUGUCAUUCACGUUCUUUCAUUACCGAACUUGCAACCGCUCCGGGUAUACCACGCUCAUUCGGCCAGCGUAACGUCUAUAUCUAUAUCGCCUUUCCCGCCACCUCUCCCUCAAAUCAGGAUCGAUGCAGCCACGAAAACAAUCAUUGAAGACAUUCCACCUCCCACUCGGGCGUCAACAAGCUCAGGCAGCAUUCGCGCGCAUCCUAAAUCGAAUCAGCAAUCAAGCAUUUUACCGACGCCGUCGAAUUCAAUUCACAUUGCAUCUUCGUCAAUAGACGGCAACGUAUGCAUCGCAUCACUGGUGGACCCCAAGGACAUUCUCAAGAGGAAUUUCGGGCGACCCGUACAGGCUGUUGCGCUCUCCCCUGAUUACAAGAACGACAGGUCUUUUAUUUCUGGAGGUCGAGCGGGCGAGCUGAUCCUAACCACCGGUGGACGGAUUGGUGUGAGUUCGAAUGCCACAACUAUGGGCGGUGCGACUGCGGCGGCUUCGAGCUGGCUGGGCUCGAUGGGGCUGGCAGCCAGUAAUGGAAAAGACACAGUUCUCCAUAGCGGAGAAGGUACUAUCAGUACAAUCAAGUGGUCUUUGUCAGGCAAGUUCGUCACGUGGGUGAAUGAAGAAGGUAUCAAAAUCAUGCGAUCAAACCUUCAUCUUGACGCUCGUGAAUCAGAGUUUGCAUGGAAGCGAAUAAGCCACAUUGAUCGACCGAACGGCCCAGGGUGGGAAGAGAUGGCCGGGGUGUGGAAAGCUCGAGCGGAGUGGAUUGACGAUUCAGCAUUGGAUGAUGACAAUCGACUGGACCCGGGCUAUCAAGUCAAGGAGGCAAGCACGGCACAAACCCUACCAGUCGAGAAACCUGAAAAGCUCGUUGUGGGCUGGGGUGGGACGGUGUGGAUAAUCGAUGUGUUCCCUGAUCGAGCGUGCAAAUCCUCGAAGGGUCAGCGAUAUGGCGCCGCUGAGGUGUCUACGAUCCUUCGGACAGAUUGCGUCAUCUCGGGUAUCUCCUUGUACAGUCCACGUUUACUUGUGGUGCUCGCACAUAUCGAGGCGACGGGCGAUACGCCAGAGAAUGCUUCCAUUCUAUCGGGAAGAGGGCAACGGCGGGGAAACUUGGAACCCGAGCUGCGGAUCAUUGACAUUGAGACCAAGGAAGAGCUCAGCGCAGAUACCCUGUCGUUUGGCCGGUUCGAAAGCCUCACAUCCUCAGACUAUCAUCUGAGUGUGCUGCCGCCUUGGAAGACUGCAGAGGGUCAAAUUGUCCAUCGCGGUGCCUUGGGGACCAUCGGGCAUGGUCUUUUGGAUGCCACAAUGUAUCCAGCUCGGCUCUUCAGCUCUGCCGCCAGUAUUCGGAGCACAAAUAGCGGUGGGGACAGAAUGUCCGCUAGGGCGCCACCUUCAUUCAUAUCCAAGCAGCUCUCCGCCGACGAGUCACCACCCCCCAAAGAAGUACAAGACAUGUCACGAGCCUUAGGGGCCAAGAUCUUUGUCCACAGUCCCUUUGACUGCGUGGUUUCCAUGAAACGGGACUUUGCGGACCGUCUCGCCUGGCUGAAUGCUCGCGGGCAAUACGAGCAAGCAUGGAAUCUUAUUGACCAACACCCUGAACUAGCCGAGUCGACUUUGGACCCAGGUGAAAUUGCACCCGGGCUAAGGUCACGGAGCAGUCUUGGAGAAUUCUUUGCCGACGAUACUGCAUCCGUGAUGACCGCUGGUCGAGCCAAUAUCAACCCUGCUGCUGAGCACGAGAAGACCCGAAUCGGGGAAUUAUGGAUUGAACAACUGGUAGACCAAGACAAGUGGUCGGAAGCUGCUGAAGUUUGUGGGAAAGCCUUGCGUAGUACCUCUCGUUGGGAGCACUGGGCGUGGCUUUUCAUCAAGCGAGAGAAAAUGGAUGAGUUAUUGCCUCAUAUUCCCACCAAUUUACACCCAUCUCUUUCAGCUGAGAUUUACGAAACACUUUUAAACCAUUAUGUGUCGCAUGACUUGGGUCGAUUCAAAGACCUCGUGGACUCAUGGCCGGCAGCCUUGUUUGACCCAGAUAAUGUGACACCACAGGUGAGGGACCGGCUCAAUUCCCGUUCAGUGGUUGAUCAGUCUGAGGACUGGCAAUCUCUGACCGAUUGCCUCGCUAAACUCUACCUCAUGGGCGGGCACUACCGUGAGGCUCUGCAUUGCUACAUUCAAGUUCAAGAUGCGGAAGCAGUCAUGUCUUUGAUCAAGGAGCAUCAUCUGGUUGAUGCCGUAUCUGAUGAGAUCCCGGCCUUUAUCAUGAUCCGAAUAUCCAAACAGCAGAUGAAGUCGGCUUCUAGGGCUGAAUUGGAAGAGCUGGCCUCCGAACCCAUCCAGCUGUUAGUGAGGGAGGCCUACACGGGCAUUGUGCCCCCCGAGGCAGUUGUAUCCCAGCUGAAGGAUGCCAACCGGAUCCUAUUUGUCUACUUCUACCUUCGUGCCCUAUGGAGGGGCGAAGCGUUACCACACGAUGCAUCCAAGCCCCGACGCGGCCGAGGAGCUCAUUUUCGUGAUGCUGCGAAUAAAUUAGCGGCGGACGAGGGAAAGGCCCUGAUCGACGCAUUUGCAGACACCGCCGUGGAAGUGUUUGCCGAUUAUGAUCGUUCUCUACUGAUGGAGUUUCUACAAACUAGUAUAUCAUAUACAUUCGAGACAGCCAUCCAGAUUUGUGAGCAACGCCGGUACACGCAAGAGCUCAUCUACCUACUAUCCAAAAUGGGACAGACCAAGCGAGCCCUAAACUUGAUUCUGUCUGAUUUAAAAGAUGUGUCCCAGGCGAUCUCAUUUGCAAAAUCACAGGACGACCCCGAUCUGUGGGAGGAUCUCCUCGAUUACUCCAUGGACAAACCAAAGUUCAUUCACGGCCUUCUUGUCGAGGCUGGUACAUCUAUCGACCCCAUCAAACUGGUUCGCCGAAUCCCCAGCGGGUUGGAGAUCGAGGGUCUCCGAGAUGGGCUAACUCGGCUUAUCCGCGAACACGACUUGCAAACGAGCAUCAGCCAAGGCGCGGCACGUGUUAUGCAGAGCGAGGUGGCCCUCGGCAUGGACACGCUGCGCAAGGGCCAGCGGCGGGGGAUCAAAUUCAUGGUGAAUGACCACAAGGCCGCAAGUGGGGAAAUGGUACCGGAUGGGAAAUCUGUCGGUCCACAUGGUCAUGAUCAGCUUUCAUUAUCCAGUAAUUCAGAGGAGCGCGCGACAUCAAGUUCGGGACGGUGCGGUGGCUGCAAUGCACCGUUCAAAACAAACGAGCGCGAAAUCUUGGUAGGCUUCGCCUGUGGGCACAUCUUCCACGUCUCGCAUCUACACUCGGAAAGAUCUCUUCCACAGUCAACUACCGACACGCCUGAUCGGUCUGCAGAUCGAACACCACGGCCUUCCUCUCCCGCCGAAGAGGUCACUGUCUCGAGCGUGUCUCGGACGGUUGGACCCAAGGUCACAACGGCCCGUCUCCUGCGCGACAAAGUCGGGGAUGGGUGUCGAAUUUGCGCCCUGUCGAGAAAGAUUGAAUCUCUUGGCACCGAGGGUGCUAUCUAA